GCUCAUGUUGCUGACACUCACUUCGCUCCUGGAGUGUAUAGUCUUUGAGACGCAAGAGCCCAGACAUACACAAUUGACAGAUGCACUGGCAAAGUGGGCGUCGUAGCUGUGUGAGUCCGAUGAACAAGUUUCCCGUACGCGGAGCUCCUCCCCGUGAUCGCAGAUAUGUAGUGAUUUGAGAGAUAUGAACAAUGCUGCAUUUAAAUAGACUCCCUGGUAUUGUGUAUAAUAAUCGCUAUCGUGCUUUAAUAUGCUUGCUGUUGAUCAUAAUAGCAACGUAUUAUCUAGUUCAAUGGGGCAUAAUGUGUACAAACAUAGAGAGCUGGCAACAUGUUGGCAAACUGUGCCAACUAUACAGAAAAGGAGAAGCUACCGGUAAUUUAUGCAAACCUCUGUGCAUAGACAAGCAGAUUCGUUCUCUCAAGUGCCACGCUUUUCAUGCCGGAAAGGAAGCAGUCUUCUCGGCCGACUGGGAGGGAACACGUCUCGUAUUUAAAACUUCGCAAAGGAUAAAGGAUGAAUACACGGAACCGGUAACUUGGCUCAAAACUCGCGGCCUAGAAAAUUACCCAAACGAAGACGAAUUCAAGAUGAUGAUUCGCGAUGUUAUCGCUCUGAAAUUAAAUUUGUCAAUAUCAAAUGAUCAGCUGAAAAGGCUCAGUCGUUUAGGCUUCUCCAAACACAAUGAUAUUUCCGAACGGCAUAAUGAAAUGAAAAAUAUUUGGGCUCUGUUACAGGAUAAUGAAUAUCUGUGCUCAGUUUUGUAUGCCGACAGGGAUCUAUUUCCACAACUGAUAGGCACAUGUGGGCCAUUUUUCGCUGUUGAAUAUGUGGAACCCAUUAAAAGUGCACCAACAAUAUUAUCACUGUCUGACAGCCGUGAUGACUGGGCUGGUCGGGUGAAAAUGGCAGUCAUGAUUAUGGACCUACUAGAUGAACUAGAUACAAAUCUGCCUGAGCCUUUUCACUUGUGUGAUGUCAAGGUGAGUCACUUCGGAUUGACAAAGGGUGAACAAAGAGUCAAGUUUUUAGACCUGGACUCCGUUUUGCCACGUUCAGUUGUGGGCCAUAUCACUGGCGGUGGACAGCAAUGUACAAAGCACGAAGACUGUGAUUACUUCGAUUGCCGUUCCAAGUGUAACCUCAAGAAAUUGCGCUGUGAUGCUCCAGUGGUGAAUAACAAUUUACAGAUAGUGUGUGAAAAAAUUUUUCUGGGAUGGACAUUAUCAAAUACACUUGUUCUACCUGGACUACUAAUGUCAGAACAUACUCCUCCCUCUUUAGCAGCUUUGCUUCGCAUUUGUGCUAAUCCAGAGCAUAAGAAAGAAGGGCUUGCAAGGGCACCUGCCUCAAGGGAUGUGCAAAGACGACUUUAUGCAACUUUAACUGAAAUGCGAAAUAUUCUUGACAAUGAUUUAUUUGUCUGAAUUUGUUAACUGUUUUCUAAAUACCAUUUCCAUCCUGCUUGUGUAUAUGUGGGCUUAACCUCCUCCUUGUGUAUUGUGUAGACUUUUACUGGAAGAACUGAGCAGGAUUAACAUAUACAUUCCAGUGUCCGUAUGUAAAUGAAACCACAGAGUGCUGCAAAAUGCUGUUACCUAAUGACCUAGAACAGUGUGCAUAAAAAUGAAUUAAAAAUGUGUUUUGGUAUUCAUACAUUCUAACCAAUGUUUUGCAGAAUUGGAGACUGUUCUAAAACUGAUUCAUAAGUGUAAGACAGAUGGAAACACAAGUGUGUACUAGAAAAUAAAUGUUGCAGAUGUAUCUUCAAAUGUUUUACUGCAAGAGAAAUUUUAUGAUAAAUUACUAGAAAAUGUGAUGGGAGUUAUUUGGCUACUAAGGACUGUGGUACUAAUUUCUGGGCAACAGCAAAGAGCAGUGCAGAAGUUAAGUCAGAGCUUUUGGUAGGUCUGUGUGUUUUCAUUGUACCUCUAUUGCAGAUAUAGUGUGCAUAACAGAAAGUUAUUAAAAAUGUAUAUUAUCUGGCUUAGUUAUGAUUUAACAGUUUGAGUACAUGCCUAUUUCUGACAAAAAGGUCCCCAUCCAGCAGACAAAUCAACAUCAAUAUUUUCUUACACUAAGACAUACUGUAGAGACAGAGAUUUAAUCCAGUAAGUUGGCAGACGAGCCUGAGGACAAAACUGCCCUCCCGCCAUUUUUAUCCAGCUGACCAUGAACCAAGGAUGAAAUUUUUUAUAAUGGUAGAACUUUAAAGGCCUAACAUUGUUUCAAUGUGCCACUGUGAUUUUGCAACCCCAGUUUCAAGGGCAAGUGGGUAGUCUAAGGUUACAGAAAUGACAUGUGAAAUGAGCUGGUGAGCAAAAGUGUACAGUUGAUAGUAGUAAAUGUGUGAGAACUAGAAAAGCAUGGAAUGAAUUACAGACUGGUGUGGCACACAGCAGGAUGCAAAUCUUUUGUAACCAUUACGACAGCUUACUUGAAUGUCAGAUCUCAAGCCACCUUGUGUACAUGUUAAGUGACUGGAGUAUGAGCAAGCGAG